AUGAGAUUCGAUGAAAGUUCAAUCCAUUGGACAGAAAUUUAUUUGAUUAUUACUGUUUCGGCAUUGCUUCUUGAAGAUUUUCGCCAACUUGCUGUCGAUUAUCACGCACAAAUGUUAGAAAGUUGGCAUUGGCCAACAUUAUGGAUAGCACCUGUUUAUUCAAUACCAUAUAUUCUUUUUUACAUUGGUAUAAUAUGUCACUUACAGUCAACUAGCCGACGUGACUUAUAUACAGCUGCUCGAAUUAUUCUAGCCAUUGAUCUUGAACUUUGGUAUCUAUUCUCAUUACGCUUUGUUAGCGCUAUUAAACUUCUAGGAUCAAAACUCUUCAUGAUUCAAAAUAUAUUAAGUAAAAGUAUGUUAUUCGUUCAAUAUAGAUAGAUUCAUGUUGCUAGUUACUUGAUCUGACUGCUUUCAUUUAUAUCAUUUUUGUGUGUAUCGCUGCCUAUGGUGCAGUGUCACGUGCUCUGACUUCGUAUAACACUUUAGAUUUUACUGCUAAGAGUAUCUUUACGGCUAUCUUCUAUGAACCUUAUUGGUUCUUAUUUUGAAUUGUGGACGGCGAGAAAAAUAAUCUUGAUGGUAAAUUAUACAAUUGCAUCUUCAUUAAGUUCAUAUUUAGGUUUUUAAAGGCAUUAUCUCUAAUGCGACUACAUCGGAAGAAGUUUCAGAAGCUACUGUCAAUCAUGUACUCUUUGCUUUUCAUAUGCUUCUCAUUAACAUUCUGAUUCUAAAUCUACUUAUUGCCGUUUUUAAGUAUGUUUUGAAAUUGAAAAAUAACAAAUUCAGUAUUUCGAUUGUGUUUAGCUUUUCGAUCAGUGAUGUUCAAGUGAAGAAUGAAUAUUUUUGGCGUUAUCAACGAUAUGAAUUAAUUAGUGAAUAUGCUCAAAAGCCGAUCUUUGCUUAUCCUCCUUUUUCGCUUAUUGCUUAUAUUGGAUGGUUAAUAAACGUAUUUGUCUUUCACGGUACAACCUAUCGAGUAUUUAGUAGGUAUCAUAAAAAAAAAUGACUGAUUAUGUAUGUGUCUGUCACUUAGAAAAAAUGACUUCAGCAUUACAUGGCUAUUAUUACCUGGAUUCACUUGUUCAAGUUGAUAUUUUUUUCUGAAAAGUUUCUCUUUUGAUUCUCGACAUCAAACAAGAAACAGGCUAAGAGAAU